CGGUCCUUCCUUGACCCGAUACUAACGACACUAAAACCUAGUAUAUUUUUUUAUAAAGUAAAAUAAACCGCCAAACUUUACACAAAAAGAAAAUGAGCUUGAACUCCAGAGUUCAAUCUUCCUGGACACUAAUGUCUGGCCACUAGUAUCCACCGCAAAUUCCGCUUCUCUCAUACCUUCUCUCCCACUUCCUCCUUCUCCGAAGCCUUUCUUCCUACCCCCCUUCGACAUUGUUUCCUCCAUCUCCUCCUUCUCAGACGUCUUUCGUCCUGCUCCUUCUCCGACGUCGUUUCCUCCUUCCCGAUGGCUCCCCCAUUUCCAUUGUUGUUUGCACUACAGAACUAACCUCGCUGUUUAUGAAGAUAUUGCCAAAGGUGUUGAAUACAUCUUUUCAUGUGGUUUUAUUAAGGUGGUUAGUGAUAAGAGGAUUCUUUUUAUGAGAUCAAGAAUCAAGGGAAGGUUUAUUUGAUUACAUGAUCUGGUUUUUUUUUUUGGAUUAGUAAUUGCGAUUGUGUGAUUUCUCAUCAGUAUAUAGAUCAAUAUGCAUCUAGAUCUCUCUAUUUUUGUUUUGUGUUUUGCUACGAUGUCGAUAACGUCUUCCUACAAAGAAUUUUUCUUGUUUCAAGUCAAUAAUUGUUGCGUUUUAAGCUAAAUCCCAAAUCCCAAAUCUGUUACCACAAAAAUGCAACCAUAUAACGUUUUCCUUUUCUGUUUUUUAAGAAUGGUAGUGGUGGUGGUGGAGCGGUGCUGGUGACACGGCAUGAAAGUAAUUGGCUUUAAUAGAUAUUAUUAAUCAAUAGUUUAUUAACACAUUAUUUCUUCUUAGUUUUAUAAAAACAACUGCCACAUCAGCUGGACAGACUUGAUGGCAGUUUAACUGUCUGUUAAAGGAGGGGCAUAAAUUAUAAGCUUUUCAUAGUUUAAGAGCUUACUUGCGUCUAAAAAUAGGAUAAGGGCAAAUCUGCUGCUCGCAGCAAAUGUUAAGAGCAAAAAUUGCACCUUUUCCCUAUAAUAAAUAAACCCGAAACAACAAUGUUUUGAACUAAAUAAUAAACAAUGGCGUUUGCUGCGGAUUCUGUUUGUCUCUGAGAAUCAGGAGAUCUCACCCUGUGCUCAUUUUGAAGCAAAUGUCUGUUAAUUAGUUCAAUUUGCUAUUUGAGUAAGCUCUUUUUUUUAAAUUAAAAAAAAAAAUUCUUUUAAUAUUUUUCUUUUUCUGCAGCUACUAAAGGCAUAUUAUAAUCUAAAUUUUCUAAAAUGUAGCUGUUUUAUUUUUUUAUUUUUUGUUUUUAAUUGCUUAUAGAAGUCAGCGAAGCAAAGAAUUAUUUGAUUCUGUAGUGUUGAAGUGUGUUCUUGCAGUUUAUAAGCCUUUCUGUAACACAAAAACAGUGGCUCAUUCACUGGUGGGUUCUUCCGAUUGUUUGUUUAGCAGCUUUGUUUAUUAUUUCUUUAGAUACUAAUGGGGCUUCUCAGCAUCAUUCGCAAAAUUAAGAGAAAAGAGAAGGAAAUGCGCAUACUCAUGGUGGGCCUUGACAAUUCUGGGAAGACAACAAUUGUUUUGAAGAUAAAUGGAGAAGACACUAGUGUCAUCAGUCCUACACUUGGAUUCAACAUCAAAACUAUCACAUAUCAAAAGUCAGAAUUUGGAUAUUUGUUAUUUGGCAGGUAUACCUUAAAUAUUUGGGAUGUUGGGGGCCAGAGAACUAUAAGAUCAUAUUGGAGGAACUACUUUGAGCAAACUGAUGGCUUGGUUUGGGUAGUUGAUAGUUCAGAUCUUAGAAGGUUAGAUGAUUGCAAAAUGGAGCUUGAUAAUCUUUUGAAGGAAGAGAGGUUAUCAGGAGCAUCAUUGCUAAUUUUUGCAAAUAAGCAAGACAUAAAAGGCGCUCUUACACCAGAGGAAAUCGCUAAAGUACUGAACCUGGAGAAUAUGGAUAAAACUCGACAUUGGAAAAUCAUGGGCUGUAGUGCAUACACUGGGGAGGGGCUGCUUGAGGGAUUUGAUUGGUUGGUUCAGGACAUUGCCUCUCGGAUCUAUAUGCUUGACUAAAUCAUCUGCCAUCAUGGUGUAAGACAAACCUUUUCAAAAUUCAUUCAGUGAUGUAAAUUGGAAAAUUUUGGAUGCGCCCGGUAUGGAGCAGUUUAUGAAAUGUAACCAGGACAAUAAGAUCUAGCUUUUUGAUCAUGCAGUACAUUUGUGAUGUGAAACUAAGUGGCAAAAAUACCACAGUUACCCACGAAAUGGUUAAUCAUUUUAUUUGCACUUUGUUUAAAAGAUUAUCAUGUACAAGGGAAGUGGUUGUUUUGGUGGGGUACAGAUGGUCUGCCCCCUCAUCUUUCUCUUGAAUUGUGCGGCAGUGUGUAUCUACUUCCAGUUGCUAGCGAUCCUUUUAAGGUUGCUAGAGGCUGUUUGUAUUUGUUACUUUUCAUAUAAUAGCUCUUAGCUUACAA